CGGAAGGCUUCAAAUCGAUCUGGGCCGCGCACUUGUUGAUUUGAAUACUGUAAUAUGGAGGGAUGCUCCUCCACUCUCAUCAAUCAGCUCCGUACUUCUAAUUUGGCUACCAUACGCGAGUAUUGAGCAUGCUGAGACGAUGUACUGCCGACAAUGAUAAUGGUAGUUUUGACAAGGAUGAUGCAUCAAUAAUAGGAGGAAGGAGCAAUUCUUGGGACAGCGCCAACACUCUUAUUCAACGAGAAAAAUGCCGACAAAAACACCCACAGCCACACUCUAAUAAUGCUGCCAGUCCGUCUCGACAUUCCCUUUCGUUUCAACGAAACUUGGGGUGCUUUUUUUGCGGCUCAGAUGCGUCACUUGUCUUGGAGCGCAUUCCCAGCAUGAUGUCACAAGUCGUCAUUAUUGGAGCUGGUGCUAUUGGAGGGUUUGUGGGUUGUUGCCUUGUGGCGGGAGAUUCCCUUAUGAACUGCCACAGCAGUAAUCAUCACCAUAGGUCCAAGCAAGAAGUGGCAUAUACACAUACACCACUGGUAACCUUUCUGGUCCACAAUCCUCAGGAUGUAGAGCACAUAUCUAAUGUCGGACUGGCGGCUCAUUCUACCGUCGAUACAGAUUUUCGUGCCAGUAUUACACCGAGUGAUGCCAGAAAGAUGUUCACUACGGACCCUUCCUGCUUGGAAGAAGCUUCCUGUGUAUUUGUUGCAACCAAACGAACGUCCAACCAUAAAGUGCACGAGUGGCUGUGCAAGCACAAUGUGACGUGUCCAGUACUCUUUCUCCAAACGGGGCUUCACAUCCGAGAGGAACUAAGGAGCUACAUGGAAAUGGACUCCAACAUGGAGAGGAAGGAACUUCCUUAUGAAGCGAUAGAAUCCAUUGUCAUGAUGCACGUUGAUCUGAAUAGGCAAACCAGAAUUGUCACCGUGGGCCAAGCAGUAAGAGACGCACUCAUUGUUAUCGACGGCAAACAGCCUUCUGCACAGACAGUUUGUGAUCUGUUUCGCGGAACUGUCCUCACUGUACGUCCCGAAGUGAAACACGAUUUUACCCGUCUACAAGCCGGCAAUCUACAGCUGAACAUGAUAAAUGCAAUCCAAGCACUUAGCGGAAAGACCGUGGUUGCCACACUGAGAGCACACGAAUAUAGAAUAGUUCUGGCAUAUUGCAUUGACGAAUGCCGAGCGGUCUUUGCCGCGCACAAUAUACCCAUCCAAGCCGUGCACAACGAGACCAACAAACUUGAACUGAAGCUCAUGUCGUCUCUUUUGCGCUCUCGGGACAUGUUCUUUCUUCCAGUCAUGAGAUCCACUUUAGAUAUGCUCCCUGAUCGAUGCCGGUUGGCUCAGGAAUUGGAAGACGGCACUCGUUUCACCGAAAUCGAGUACCUAAACGGUGCGGUGGUCCGGUUGGGACAAGUGGCUGGCGUUGACACUCCCAUAAACACAAAGAUUGUACAUCUGAUACAACAUGCCGAGGCAGCGAGAAUGGGAAGUCCCAAAUUGAGCCCAAGAGCGUUAAUGGUAGGGGUUGGGUUGGCCCCAGAACCUCAGAGAGCACGCAGAGUAAGGACCAAUCACGGAUUUCCCCAGCUGACGAGUUUUAAUGGACAACGAUUCAAUGGCGAAGCAGAAAGCUUCAUUAGCAGUAUUAGCAGCAGCAACAGCAGUCACAGUAUUAGCACUAAAACGACUGAAAGCGAUGCCGUUGGUUGGCCAGAGGAAUGAGCAAGUCUCCCAAGCACCAAGAGUUGGAGUUUGACGAGGCAGCUGGGGUUUUCGUAGAGUACGACAGCACAGGCAAAGUUCGGCUGUGGACCUAAGGGCUUUAAUGUGCCUCUUGUAUUCUCGCCGUUUCACCUCUCGGAGCUAUGAACAUAAAAACUGCAAUCAGUUAUCAUUAUCUAGAACCUGGUUGACUCCUUCCAAGCUCUCAAUCAGAUUCGAUUCAGUAUGCUGUGGUUGGCAUAAGAACUACGUUGGGUUACACACGGUGGCUCACCUGGGGAAAGGGUCUUAAAUUGCCACAAGUCCACUAAACGAUAGCUUCUCAGUCUAGAAGUAUAGACCCGAGCAAUCCACCUUCUUUGAUUGGACAGCUUGUCACAAUUCCCAAAGCUUCUCUGUCAUACUCAAAGAUAACAAUUAGAUGGGCUGCUUGUUUGGAUGCUAGCUUUGCCCGUACGAAGCCCUUUGAUGGGACAUGGGCAACAGUUCCAUCAAGCACACUCGUUUGUCCAGCCCAGUUGGUGCUGAGUACAAAUUUGCCCC